ACGUCGAUUGCAAUACUACGCGAACAACCGUCGGACGCGCAACACCCGCCCGCAUUCGACGAACGUACACGAUCACGCGCGCGCACCACUACGAAAACGUGCGCAAUAUUAUCAAACAUAUUCCGUUGAUUGCGUUUUGGUACACGAUUUAAACAUUUUUUCGAUUUCGACACCAGUACUUACUGCCGGCGGUGUGUCCGUCCGUGUAUGAAAACCGUUGGUUCUACCUCGUCUCGUCAAUCCGUAGUCUAGCGAACCCGAGGAGCGGUUAGGUUUCGUUGUCGCAUCUCGUCGUCGAACUCAGAACAUGGAUAACGUUUCGGUUUCAUCGGGGUCCUCGUGCACGUCCGGCGGGGCCGCGGACGGCGACGAACUGUCGGCCGUGCUCAACAGACGCCAGAAGAUCAACGAGGCGCUGGAGGAUGGCAAACCGGUGCCUCCGCACUUCAACAGGCGGCAGAACACGAAAAACGUGUACCUGGAGUUCAAAGAGUUCUCGCGGAAGCAGAUCAACGAGUACGAGGCGACGUUCAAGAAAUUCGACACGGGCAAAGAUGGAUACUUAGACUUAGGAGAAUUGAAGCGUAUGAUGGAAAAGCUGGGUGUUCCGCAGACUCAUUUGGCGCUCAAAGCAAUGAUCAAAGAGGUAGACGAGGAUGGUGACGACAAGAUUAGUUUUAGAGAAUUUUUGUUGAUCUACCGCAAAUCAUAUGAUGGUUCGUUACCAGAGGACUGUGGUCUAAAUGAGUUGGCUCGAUUGACGGAAAUAAAUGUGGACGAAGUUGGUGUAAUCGGCGCUAAAGAAUUUUUUGAGGCCAAAAUCGAGUAUCAAGGCAUUGCGAAUCGGUUCGAGUAUGAACUACGACAAGAGAUGGAGGAGAAAAAACGGUUAGAGGACGAAAUGUCUAAACGGAAAAUCGCGUUUAAAGAAAAGAGUGCUAUUUUUCAAUGAUGUCCCAGAAAAAUCACUGCUCCCCGUUUUAUUUCCUAUUUACCUGCCCUCGUUGCGACAAGUGUUAGAAUUUUGUUCGGUACUUAUUUUUGAUGUACUACAGAUUUUACCAUAAAAAUUAUUUUAUACUAGUAAUUAUUUAUUAUUUAAAAUCCAUUAUUAAACAUAAUGUACAUCAAUUGUUUCCCGAACUAUACCUGUAGGAUAAUUGUUAAUUUUGUUUUUUUUCUACCAUAUAAUUGUAUAAUUUUGUUUAUUGUAAAUGUUUCUACUACCUAUACAAUUUUUGCCUAACUGAAUUUUAAUAAAAUGUAAAAUAUGUAAGUA